AUGCUCUUAGCCAUCGUUUCAACGCUGGCCCUGGCUGGUCCAGCAUUUGCAUCACCGGCUUGCAAGGUGACUCCGUUGGACCCAUCAUGGCCUUCCAAUUCAGACUGGGCGUCACUAAACGCCUCCAUUAAUGGUGGGCUUCUCCGCACCGUGCCUGUCGCCUCAUCGUGCUGGCCGGGUAAUCCGUUUGGAUCAUCCGUCUCUUGCGGCAACGUUAAGUCGAACUGGACCAACGGAAUGUGGCUGUCUACAUUUCCCGAAUCAAUCGAUUACCCGAUCUAUGCGAACAAUUCUUGCUUGCCCCCGAACGCUCCAGGUUACGUCGAAGAAAGAGGCUGUACGACUGGAGGUCUGCCUGAAUACAUCGUGAAUGCGACCACUGAAGAGCAAAUCGCAACGGCAAUGCAGUGGGCCUCAGAGAGGAACAUUCGGAUUGUGGUCAAGGGAACAGGUCAUGACUUAAACGGAAGAUCAAGCGGUGCAUUUGCCCUAUCUAUCUGGACUCAUAACUUGCGCCAGCUCGAGCGCAAUAAAUCCUGGUUACUCCCUAGCAAAAACACCUCCGAGGACGUGUUCAUUGUGGGUAGUGGCCAGCAAUGGGGAAAUGUACUAAACAAAGCCCUCGAGCACGGAAGAGUGGUCACCACUGGCCAGGAUCCUAGUGUUGGACUGGGCGGUUACAUUCAGGGUGGCGGUCAUGGUCCCCUCUCCCGCACUUAUGGUCUUGCCUCUAGUCAUGUCCUCCAGAUGAGGGUCGUCACGACCGAAGGCAAGAUUCUGGUUGCCAACGACGCUGAAAAUCAGGACCUGUUCUGGGCCCUCCGUGGAGGCGGUCCUGGUCUGUAUGGGGUCGUUACAGAGUACGUCAUCAGACACCACCCGGCGCCCAGCAGUGUGACGAUGGGCAAUCUUUUGAUUGCGCCCAAGGGUAGUAGCAACCGAAGUGCAGAAUUGUCUUGGGAUGCAGCUGUGACCCAUCUCUCAGUUCUUCCGGACCUCAUGGAUGCCGGCUUGGCUGGAGCUUGUAUGCUAGCGACAGGCCAGAAUGCCAUGACGUUCGCAUCACUUUCUGAACCCACGACUGGUGCUGUUAUCAAGCAGGUCUUUUGGUCGUUCAACUCGACACCUUCGGCCAUGGAGGCACUUGUUAAUCCUAUUCUAUCAAACAUCACUCAUGCGGCCGGUGGAAACAACAGCCUCUCCAUCUCGUUCAGUGCUUCACAGAGCAACUACUCGUCUUUCUUCAGCGCGAUUUCCGGGAGCGAUGCGGCCGGCGGGCAGAGUGUAGUGUCCAGCCGUUUGCUAGGACGUGCCGAGGUGCUUGAUACGCCUCGACACAAAAGACGUGCCUACCUCAAGAUAGCCAUGCGCGCUCAAAACGAAACCGCUGGAACUUACGCGACAAUCGGUCUACAAGGCGGCCCUGGGGUGCGCAAUACGCAGCAGGAGGAAUGGGGCGCAUUGCUCCCAGCAUGGCGCUCCGCGUAUCUGCAUUUCAUCUCCAAUGGUGCUACUGUUGACCCUGUCGCUGCGGGAUCGCCAAAAAAGGCACUGGAAAAUGCGGCUGACUUCAACGAGGCUAAGGAGAGGAUGUGGAGAGAGUGGUCGCCUAAAUCGGGUGCUUACAUGAACGAGGCCAACCCAUUCACUAGCAAUUUCAAACAGGACUUCUAUGGCUCGAACUAUGACCGUCUGGCGGAGAUCAAGGCUAAAUACGACCCUAGCGAAAGCCUGUUCGUUCUUUCUGGUGUAGGAAGUGACAAGUGGCAGUAUGACUUGGAUACUGGCAAGUUGUGCAAAGCUAAGUAA